UCAGACAAGACAUGGAUAUGGAUUUGAUCAGGAAAGACGUGAUGGGGAUCAUUGCAGUCAAAGAUCAGCUAGAGAGACAAGUCUCAGCCUCUGCUGAUUCCCCGCCACCUACAGACUUGCAUGAGAGUUUGCAGAAGGUGAUAGGAGACAUGGAUUUGAUCAAGAAGGAAGUGAUGGAGAUCGUUGCACUCAACCAUCAGCAAGUCUCAUCAGCUGCUACUUCAUCAACAUCUUCUUCCAAGGUAUCUUCUCUCUCUAUGCCGAACAACACAACCAUGGUGGGUUUUGAUCAUAUCAUGAUUCAACUCAUGGAGAAGCUAGUUUAUGGAGAACAAAAUCGCCAAGUCAUCCCAAUCACGGGGAUGGGAGGAAUUGGUAAGACCACUCUUUCCGUAAAUGCUUAUAAACAUCCAUCUAUUAGUCACCAUUUUGAUAUUUGUGCUUGGGUUACAAUUUCUCAACAAUAUAACACAAAAGAACUUAUUUGGGAAAUUCUAUCCCAAGCCGAUAAACAAGGGUUGAUUCGAAUGAGCGAAAAAGAAGAAGAAGAAAUAGAAUUAGCGCUCCAUCAAUGUUUAACAAAUAGAAGGUAUCUAAUUGUGUUUGAUGAUAUGUGGAGUAUUGAGGCAUGGGAUGCGAUACAACGCUAUUUACCUGACAAUAGUAAUGGUAGUCGGAUAAUGGUGACAACUCGGCUAUCAAAUUUGGGAUCUCAAUUGGAUAACAGUUGUGGCCUUAAAAUGAAAUUUAUGGAUGAGGAAAGUAGCUGGAAUUUGUUUUGCAAAAUUGUGUUUGGUGGGAAAUGUUGCCCUUCGGAAUUAAAGAAAAUUGGAAAGAAGAUUGUGGAGAGUUGUAGAGGACUUCCAUUAUCUAUUGUUGUGAUGGGAGGUCUUGUGGAGAAAUUGGAACGAACCAAAGAGUGUUGGGAAUGUAUUGGGAGGAGUGUAAAUUCAUCAGUGAAUAUGGAGAAUGAUAUGCAUUGUUUGAAAUUACUGAAGUUGAGCUAUAACCAUAUGCCAAUUUAUCUUAAGCCGUGCUUUCUAUAUCUGGGAAUGUUUGAGGAUAGUAAAAUUCAGGUAUCGAGAGUCAUCGAGCUAUGGGUUUCUGAAGGAUUUUUAAAACCAAUAAACGGCAAGAGUAUGGAAACAAUUGCAAAAGAGUACUUAGAUGAACUAGUUGAUAGAAACCUAGUUCUCGUUCACAUGUUGGGGUCAACUGGAAACAUGAAGUACUGCAAAAUCCAUGAUUUGUUGAGAGACCUUUGCUUGAAAGAAGCUCAACAGGAGAGGUUUUAUGAUGUGGUCGGGCAGCAUAGUCCUCAAGGCACGUGUAGCCAACGACGUCUAGCUAUUCUGGGAAGUACUUCAAAGGAUCAAGUGGUUGAUGCCAUGAAAUCUAGACCAUAUGCCCGUACAUGCAUGAGUAUUCAUAAUAGAGUCCAUCCGUUGCCCUAUUUAAAAUUGUCGAGGACAUUGAGACUAUGCAAUAGAAAUGACUUUUCUCUGUGUGAAUAUUCUCUGAGAAAAUGUUUUCAGUUGGUUAAUUUGAGGCUUCUUGUCGUUCGUUUUGACAGGCGCUCUAGCCAAGUUCCUUCUAACAUGAAUCUCCUCUGGAAUCUGCAGACAUUAAUUGUUUCUUCUUUUCGAUUAAUUAAUGCACCGGUUGAAAUUUGGAACAUGUCUCAACUGAGGCAUGUUAAGGUCAGGCUUUCAACAUUGUAUCUCACAGAUCCUCCGAGUGACAACAUAGUGAUCAUGGAGAAUCUACAAACCCUCAAAGGAGUAAGGAAUUUCAAAUGUGAUGAGACGAUGGUUUGUAGAAUUCCCAAUAUCAAGAAAUUGAAAGUUUAUUAUCAUGAUGAUCACGUCUGCGCCCAGAAUAUCGAACGUCUGCAAAAGCUGGAAUCUCUAAGCUGCUAUUGGUUUCCAAGAUGUGAUUUGAUAAAGCUAACUCUUCCACCCUCUCUUAAGAGUCUAACUCUUGCAAGUACAGAUUGUAGAAUGGAAGACAUAUUGGAAAAGGUAAGUACAUUACCCCUUCUUCAAAAGCUCACCUUUAAAUAUGGAUGUUUCACAACAGGCAAAUGGGAAACGGUGGAAGGCCAAUUCCCCAGUCUCAAAUAUUUGUUACUAAGCAACAAUAAUUUGGAAUGUUGGACGAUGGAAAGCUCUCACUUCCCACGUCUCGAGCACCUUUGCCUUUUUUGUUUGGAAGAUUUGAAGGAGAUCCCUGCAGAAAUUGGUGAAAUUCCGACACUUAAAUCCGUGACUCUGUACAAUUGCAGUGAAUCGGCUACUAAGAGUGCGAAGAGAAUGGUAGAGGAACAAGAGGAAUUGCUAGGAGAAGAUCAACUCUCCUUCAAAGUCAAAGUUUACAUCCCCAAAGAUGACAACUGUGAGCUGCUGCGGAGCCUGACAACUCCCAACUUUGAAGUUUUUUGUGUGGUGGAAUCCCUAUGAUUGUUUUUUUUUUGAGAUUCCCUAUGAUUGUAAAUAAUAAUAAAGUUUUAUGUCUUUCGUGUUGCUCAAAAAGUCCUAUGAUAUUAUUAAUGUGGUCUUAGAAUCUCUCUUUUUUCAAUAAGCUAAUUUAAUAGUUUACUAUAUUCACAUUUUCAU